AUGCUACGCACUAAUCUGUGUAUACCACGACUGUUCCCUAGGUUUAUAUCCGUGUCGGCAACGAAAGCAGUGGAGCGGCCCACAGAAAAAGAGGUCCUUGACUACAUGAAUAGGGUAGAAAUCAUUGGUGGUGUUGCUAGCGAUCCUGUUUGCAAAGUAGCCAAGAACGAUCGGUCUUAUGCUCUGCUUAAUGUUAUCACGAAUUCAAGGUUUCGUCUGGCCAAUGGCGAGUACAAAGACCAGAUUGAACGUCAUAAAAUAACUGCUUUUGGAAAGACUGCGGAGUUUGUGGCUAACAAUAUUAAAAAAGGCCAACGUGUUCUCAUAAAUGCUCGAUUGCACUAUUCUGGUGGGACCCUUGAUGAUCAGGGAGUUCGGACCCCACGACAGACUCAUAUUCACGCCGAAAAUAUCCAACCUUUGGCGCGUCGUGGCGGUGAUAUCAUUUAA